CCGGCCGGCCUGUCUAGCCAUGCGGCCACCGAGGUAGAGCCUGGACGGCGCUGAGGAGCGCGGUGCGGUGCGCAGCCCGCCCUCCCGAGACGGCCGUCCGGCCUCGCGCCUCCCUACUCCCUCCAGCCCGGACCCCCCUGAAAUAUGUUCAGGGGCGCUUGGAUGUGGCCCGGGAAAGACGCCGCCGCUCUGACUAUCUGCUGCUGCUGCUGCUGCUGGGCUCCCAGGCCGAGCGACAAACCUUGCGCCGAUUCUGAGCGGGCGCAGCGAUGGCGACUGUCCCUAGCGUCCCUGCUCUUCUUCACCGUGCUGCUCGCUGACCAUCUGUGGCUGUGCGCGGGGGCCCGGCCCCGGGCCAGGGAGCUGAGCAGCGCCAUGCGGCCGCCCUGGGGGGCUGGCCGCGAGCGGCAGCCGGUGCCUCCCCGCGCGGUGCUGCCGCUGCCGCCGCCGUCGCCCGGCGAAUCCAGCGCGUCCUCGGGCACCUGCGGCCCGCGAUACAGCAACCUGACCAAAGCUGCCCCAGCCGCCGGCCCCGGGCCGGUCUGCGGCGGCGUCCCAGAGCCCACGGGGCUGGACGCAGCUUGCACCAAAUUGGAAUCUUUGCAGAGACUUUUCGAACCGACCACCCCGGCUCCCCCUCUGCGGCCCCCUGACUCCCCUUCCCGUGCCCCGCCCGAGUUCCCCUCCGCCAAAAAAAACUUGCUGAAAGGCCACUUUCGGAACUUCACUCUCUCCUUUUGCGACACCUACACGGUCUGGGACUUGCUGCUUGGCAUGGACCGCCCCGACAGCCUUGACUGCAGUCUGGACACCCUGCUGGGGGAUCUGCUGGCCGUCGUGGCCAGCCCAGGCUCCGGGACCUGGGAGGCCUGUAGCAACUGCAUAGAGGCGUACCAGCGACUGGACCGACAUGCUCAGGAAAAAUAUGACGAGUUCGACCUCGUGCUGCAUAAAUACUUACAGGCAGAAGAGUACUCUAUCCGGUCCUGCACGAAAGGCUGCAAGGCUGUCUACAAGGCCUGGCUGUGCUCAGAGUACUUCAGUGUGACCCAGCAGGAAUGCCAGCACUGGGUGCCCUGCAAGCAGUAUUGCCUGGAGGUGCAGACCCGGUGCCCCUUUAUCCUCCCUGACAAUGAAGAAAUGGUGUAUGGAGGCCUCCCUGGAUUUAUCUGUACAGGGUUGCUGGAUACUUCACCAAAGCGGCCGGAAACCAAGUGCUGUGAUGUGCAGUGGGUCUCCUGUGAGUCGGAGAAGAAGAAGUUCAAGGAAUCUGAGCCCCCCAAAACCCACCACCAGCAAUUCCACCACUCCUAUUUUCACCACUAUCACCAACAGUACCACCACUACCACCCCCGCCAUGACCCCCCAGGCCGUGUCAGCAACAAGCCCUCCCUGCUGCCGGUCUCUGGGGGCUCCCGCCUCAGUCCCAGCAGGAUCCGGCUCUGUGUCCUUGUUCUUAUGCUCCUCCAUACCAUAGUGUCCUUCUCCAGCAGCCAGGGGGGUGGGGGACUGGGGCUGGAGACACUGCCUGCCCUAGAGGAGGGCCUGACACAGGAAGAGUGACAACAGGGAGGGAGGACAAGCCUCCACCACAUACUGACAUCAGCUCCAGCCCUGCUCUAGGCUGGGGGGAGGGAGUACCUCCCACAGGAGGUGUAGGACCAGGUGGGGGUGGGGGAGAAAUGGGGGACCAGAUUUUGUCCCCAAUCUACCCCUGCCCUAAAAGCAGCUCCAACAGAAUGGCCAGAGGGCCCCCAAGGAGCUGCAAAACUCACCCAGGAGAAAAAAAGGUAGAAGCAGCAGGUUUCCCCUCCGGAGCCCCACCUGUGGGGCUUAGUAUCAAAGGGGGGGAGUGGGGGGGGCUGAAGUUGCCCACUUCUGCCAAGAGCCCUGACCCCAGGGAAGGAGGCUGCUUACCCAGCCUCAGCCCUGCAGGGAAUGUUGGGGGCACAGAGGGGAGUAGUUCUCCCCCCUCCACAUUCCUUUCGUUGCCAAGAUCCUUAAUUCCCUCCUGCCCAUAUCCUUACAGCUGACGGCAGACAGUGUGGUUGCCCUCCUGCCACUUCAUCGCCCCCUGAGUGUGGGGCUGUCCCAGCUGGAACACCAGGCUGGGCCAUGAGGCUGCCCCCACCACCCUAGGCAAUGAGGGGUUGGAGCCAGAUAUGGAAUGAGUGGUAAAGGAGAAAAUAGAUAGGGAAGGGAAGACGAAAGGGGAGAAGUGGACAGAAAGCUUGACGAGAUGGUUCGACUAAUGCUACCUGGCUUUGGGGAGGUGGGUGAUUAGUGUUGAGACAGGCUCAAGAAUGACCCCCAAAAUCAGAAAGGUGCAUAAAGAGACCCCUGGGGAAAGAGCCCAGGAGCCAAAACCCAGAAGGUUGAGGGCACAUGGGUGGACUGCCGCUGUCUGGAGGGCCAUAUCUUACAGAAGGUGCACACACUCCCUAGGGCUGCUUUUGCCCUGGAAAUCUUGGCCUUGUGGCCACAGACCUUUCAUUUCCAAUCUCCACAGGGAGGAGGGACUUGAGCCCAAGUGCGUCAGGCCUGGCCUGGGUCCCCACACUCCCCCAUCUUGUCCUAGCCCAGGCCUCCAUGAAGGAGAACCUGGUGGUGUUACCCCAGAGCUCUCCAGAGAUGAGCCUCCCCUACCCCAUCCUGUGUCCAUCCCCAGCCUACCAAAGAGUAUUCAUCCCUUCCCACUCCUGACCUUGUGGCCUAUUGUCCCACUGAGGGACGGCUAGACUCCUCCUCACCCUUUAGCAGGUCCCUAUCUCUAGCCACCCCUUGC